AUGUCGGACUACGGACCCUCUCCUUCGGCGAUGAAAAGGCUUGCCAUACCACGUCCUAUGGAUGAAUCUGGUAUACAAGCCUGGAGCAAAUCAGUUGAGACAAACGUCGGGCGCAGACUCAUCGUAGCGCUGGAUGGAACCAUGAAUCAAUUUGGGAGUAAAAACUCCAAUGUCAUCGAGAUUUACGCCCGAAUCCAGAAGGAUGAGCACCAGCUUACGUACUACAACAGCGGGAUAGGGACGUAUGCUGAUCCGUACCACAGCUCGCCGUGGAAGCGGCUCAAGUUGAAGCUGAGCAGUCUGCUGGACAUGGCCUUUGCAUUAAACUUCGACAAGAUCAUCCUGGCUGCGUACCGUUGGCUAUCAGAGAAUUAUCGACCAGGCGAUCAGCUUUUCUUCUUCGGAUUCUCUCGCGGUGCAUAUCAGGUCCGAGUUCUAGCUGGAAUGAUUGCGAGGGUCGGUUUAAUACACUCCGGAAAUGAGGAGCAGAUCCCCUUUGCCUUCGAGUUGUAUGAACAAGGUGACGACGCGAUGGCAGAACGCUUCAAGGUUACCUUCUCUCAUCGCGAUGUGCAAGUUCACUUCAUGGGUCUCUGGGACACGGUGUCUUCUGUUGGGGUAUUUAGGCGUAAGAAAGAUCUACCUGGUACACCGGACUGCAAAGACGUCCACUAUGUCCGACAUGCACUUGCGCUCGAUGAACGUCGAGUUAAGUUUUCUCCGGAGUUCAUCACACCUACAGUCGCUGCAUCUCAUUCAGACAGUGCUGAUCCAGCUGGGACUGAGAGGCUGCCAGACAUAGAAAAGGAUGGACAGAGUAACAGGCCUAUUCGUGUGAAGGAAGUCUGGUUUGCAGGCUGCCACUCAGAUGUUGGAGGUGGAAAUAAGCCCAAUGACAAGUUACUAAUGGAUGCAAUUCCUGCACUUUGGAUGGCAAAUGAAGCUCGCACUGCAGGACUUGAUCUCUUACCGACAAAGGUAGAAUGGGAUCUGGAAAAGCUCAAGGCGGAGAAGCCAACUGAAUCCUUGACCCGACCCUGGUGGAUUCUGGAGCUUAUGCCAUUUCUCAGUCGCUCUGAAGACUGUCCAGAUCUGGAGCAAUUGGACAAGUUGCCAUGGUUAUACUCUCGAUUUACCCAUUUUCUGCACAAAAUGGCCCCACAUUUGGGUGGACACAGGUUUAUUUACCCUCAUCAGAAGAUUCACGCAUCUGUUGUCCUCAAGACGGAAUAUGCACCUCGUGCUCAGUUCAUGCCUGGUGGUGUUAGACCUCACACAUGGGAUACAAUUUUGAGAGAAGAAACCAUUGCAGACAUGUAUAUGUCUCAUCACAAGGAUAUUAUAGAAUUUGACUUGUAUGAUACCUCUUCUGCUGGUCCUCUUGUGAAGACAAUCACUCAGGGUGCUGCUGAGUUGGAGCUACAAUCUGUACUAGAUCGCUUAUUGGUCCUUGCAGACUUUCGUGUGUGA